AUGUAUUGUAGAUCGAAAUUUUCGGUGAGAGUUCAAAGAUUCUUUAAGAAUUCUAAUGUUUCGAGUGCUUUUUAUCAUAAUGCGAUGGAUCUUAAAGAGGUUGUAACAAAGUUAAAUAUCUUCGCACCCUUAAAACUGGCAGAGAAAUGGGACAACGUGGGGUUGCUGGUCGAACCUUCCCCUCCACAUUCUGUCAAAUCUAUUCUUCUCACCAACGACCUUACCGAAAAAGUGGUUCAAGAGGCAGUCGAUAAAAAAGUCAGCAUGGUAAUAUCUUACCAUCCACCUAUUUUUGUCCCUUUGAAACGCCUCACAUCUAAGACCUUUAAGGAGAGAAUCAUUAUAAAAAUGAUCGAGAACAGGAUCGCUGUGUUUUCUCCACACACAGCAUUUGAUGCUGUGAAGAAUGGCGUGAACGACUGGCUCGCAGCAGGCCUUGGAAGUGCACAAAUAGAUCCACUAGAACAUUCAAAAGACCAGAGUUCAGGUGUAAAAUUAGAGGCAAGGAUGUUGACCAAUCAUGUGCCUGAUCAAAUUACUAGUGUGCAAGACAAACUCAAAGACCUUCAAGGUGUUGAGAGAAUUGAAGUUGAAACUUUGAUGAGGUUAGUCAAAGUAGGGUAAUGUGCAGGUGGGAGUUACUCCCUUGAAUUUCCCAUGGGAGUGUCCUGCUGGUUCUCUAUUGCUGGUUUGCACAUGACGUCAUGGCGGCCAUGUUGAUGGUCUAGAACAAAAGUACUUCUCUUAUCUGGGAACAAAACUCUACUUUUAUGUACAUCACUCAAGAAAAAAUCUAUUGUGUUGACCCUCAACAUGGCCGCCUUCAGUUGUAUCGUGGUUGCAAACCAAGAAUACCUGGCAAAAUGCCCAAAUAUUUUCCAACGAUCUUUGAGCACUUCAAAAGUUAUUUCAAAGGUGACAAUUUUAGCAUGUUGGAUACAGUUACAACCCUCCAAGUUAAAAUUUUUGUCCAGUGGCCAUUUAGCGAUCAGCUCUUUGGGUUUAGUCACCAGGGAAAAUUUUUAGGUGCCAAAUUAUAUUAAUAAAGUAAUAUAUCAAAAUUGUCAUUAACAAAAGCAGUUAAGCAAGUUUAACUUAAAAUGCAGCACUGUCUAUAAAUUACUCAUUUAUUGUGCAAGACAUUUUUUACUGAUAGUCUGAGGAUAAGGUUUGCAGAUUCAUCUCCUUGAAUCAAUACUGAAACAGAAUUGUUAAGACAAUUACCAUUUCCAGUAGUCUUUAGGGCCUUCAAUCCUUCUGUAUAAUCCUCAGUUGGUAUAUGAGAGCAGAACUUAACUCAUCCUCUGUUAAAUGUAAUGUGUUCAAAAUUUCCCAGUCAUAACUUGAAAGGCGACCUAUUUUUUUCUGAUAUUUGUUUCGCAUUUCUUUUGAGAAUUUUGUUGAUGAUGGACUUGUUUCCCCAACUAACAAAUAUUUUUGGAGAUUUAAAAGAUUGUUUUUAAUAUUGCUAGACACUGCGAAAGCCUGACAAAGGCAGGAGAGUAUAGGAAGAUCAACAAGUCUUAUAAAUCAAAUCAUUGCUUUAUAGAGAUAGCAUCGUGCACUUGAAAAUUUUGCAAUGAGUUGUACUGGGAAAAAAUGUAUUUUCCAGUCCAUUGAAAGGAACCCAAACAAAAAUUUCCCUCUUAUGAAAAUAUGAUAAUUUUUUUUUUCCUUUAUCAUUGCUACGGGUGUUUAACAAAUAAAAAUUUUGUAACAACUAGAAGCUGUCAGUUUUGCGAUGUUUAGUUUCGCUUACAAUUUUCGCUUUUGUUUAAAAAACUGCAAUUCAACUCACAGCACGGUUCUCAUGUUACGGUUAUUACACAAUGUUCUGUGUUGACUUUGCAGCAAUUUAGCUUUCCCUCUUCAUGUUAGUAGAUUGUUUAUUGAUUCACAAAGUCUUUAUAAUAUGUAGCCCGGUCAAAAAAACACCAAACUUGGCGAGACAAGCAUUCCUAAAAUAUCAAAGAAAUCGACACUGUCAACAAGCAAGGCACUUCGAUUGCGUGCUAUUUGUCACGUUUCAAAAGUUAAAAUGUCACGCGCAAGGCAACAAAUUCAGUGGAGGCAAACAAAUGCAGGUCAAGUUUCAUUGAUGUUCAUUUCAAAACGCUUAUCUGUGAGACUUUUUUAGUUCUCAAUUUAGCAUGUUUUUCAACGGAAAAGUGUAAAAAAGCAAUAGAAAUCAAAUCAGGUAGAAUAAAUUUUCUUCAUAUUUCAGUAGAAGUGAUUACCAUAAUUUUCCUGUUUCUGUAUGCCAUAACAUGAACCUAUUCUUCACGGUCUCCAACUUGGUGACUAUUCUCUAAAUCAAGUCACCAGCUCCAAAAUUCUAGACGCCAUGGCUACUAAAAUGGUUGCAACUUGGAGGAUUGAGUUACGACACAAAGUCAACAUUAAGCCUCUUUUUGUAAUAUUUUUGGGGAAAUUGAAUUGUAAAAGCUAUGUCUUUUAAAAAUCUGCAAAGAUCGUCUUUCCAUUUAAAGAUCUUAUCAUUGCUUUUAUAGACCACAAGGACUGACUGAGCAGCAAUUAUCUUUGCACUGUUCUGAGAGUGGGCUUGUUGACACCCUUCAGACACUGACAUCUUUGCUCCCUGAAGCUCUUGGAAAAGUAGAGGUUGUUCCUCUUGCACAGGUGAAAAUAUUAUGACUUUUGUAGUUCUUUGCAGUUAUGAUCUUUGAAGUUAUGAUCAUUAUCACGGUUGUCACUAAGAUUUCAAGUUGCCGGGUAAUUAAAUACAUCAAUAGUGGGGAAUCAAACAGCUAGGAGUUUCUUUUGGUUCUAUUUUUCUUCUAUUUUCCUUUGAAAGUAGCCGGGUGCCACUUUUAUAGUAGCUGGGAGGAAAUCCAUGCCCCUUGCCUCUUAAUGACAGUCUCUCCACCAAUAUUAACUUUAUAGGUUAAGUUUACGUAAUAGGUGCAACAUCUCCUCACCAUGGGUAAAUACGGCAACAUCUGAGUGCUAGGUUGCAAUGAUAAUUAUUAUUAAUUGCAUUAAAUUAAUUCAUUUAAUGGAUUUGACACCAAAGCUUAAACCUCCACUGUCCCAAUGUAUUCCACACUGGUCCAAUAUAUUUUCACUGGCCCAAUAUAUUCCCUGGCCAUCUGAGUUAUGAACCUUACCAACCAGCAUUUCGUAAACUCACUAGAGCAUCAACAUCUCCUCUCUCUAGAUUCCAAUACUGGGUACUGGCCAAGGUCGCCUUUGCACCCUGCAUUCACCAGUUACUCUCUCAGAGUUAAUCAACCGUAUCAAAAACCACCUUAAUCUCAAACAUAUACGCUUAGCUGCUGCCCAUAGUAACACAUCAGAGGACCCACUCCAAAGUUCCGUCCAAACUAUUGCCCUGUGCGCAGGUUCAGGAGCAAGCAUACUGCGUGGGAAACAAGCUGAUGUAUACCUUACAGGUGAAAUGUCACAUCAUGACAUCCUUGAUGCAGUGUCACGUGGUGUGCACGUGAUCUUAUGUGAACACAGCAAUACAGAGCGUGGUUUUCUUACAGAAUUUAGAGGCAAAUUGGUUGAAUUGUUAGAGGGAAAGGUUGAUGUCAUGGUUUCCUCAAAUGAUGCUGAUCCUCUCCAAAUUUUAUAG